AUGCUGUGCGCCGUUGAUGGGAUCGAUGGCUGCGUCCAAGACUUCCAGACGCCAGAGGCAGCGACACAGGCACCAAGCCACAAGACUCUGAUCUGUGGCCCGUACUCGGUACUACCGCACGUUGACGUACUGUACGGCGGAUCUGUUGCACAACCAGACAACGGUGUGCGGCGCGGCCAAGAUGCACUUCCGUCAGUUGCUUGCAACUUGCAAGGUGUGGUGGCGAGGCUAGACUUGAGCCCAGGUGUGCUGUAUCACCCAGGCAGGCGAGUGGCCGGCAAAGGUCCGAAGGUCGAGCAAGGGAUCGCAAACUUCUACCAAAGACCAAGGCUUUGCAAGGGAUGUCCUGGUCCAGCAAUCGGGCUGGGAAUGGUGUUGGCCAGCCAGGAACGUGGUGAUUCUCUGCUCCAGAAGAAACACCGAGUACUCCAUGGUGGUGUUGGCACAAGCUCUGCUCUGUUACGGAACACCAAGCACCAAGUCAUAUCGCGCUCGUCUCUGCUUUCUCUUCCCUUUCUCUCUCUCUCUCUCUCUGUGUCGCUCGCGCGCGUAUCCCCUCGACCCCGAGCAGAAAAGAGAGCCACUCGCAAGUCCCCUGGUCCUCGUCCCCAGCUUGGCCUCUCUCUCUCUCUUGGUCUCUUCAUCACCAUCAAGCCAGCUCCAGCAGGGGUCUCGCAAAGGCUUGAAGUGCCUCAAUCAAGGCCCACGGGCCGGGGUGGAUGGAGCGGCGUUAAUACAGACGAGACUGGGGGGUGGGCUGGGGGCGUGGGCCAUCUCGUGAGGAACGUUCUCGAGAUGACGAUGAAAUGUCCAUGCGACACGCCCCUCCCGGCUGAUGGGUGUACUGUACUCCGUACUGUAUGUAUGGUCGCUUUGCCGGACACCUGUUUUGGCAACUAG